UCUACAAAGUACGAAUCGACGGCGUCCAUGCUCAUAAUGUUGAUAAAAAAUCUAUGGAGACGUACAAAAGGGGCUCGAUUGACCAUAGUUGUAACCGUGAUCACCCUCGUUAUGGUACUGUGGUAUCUAAAUUUUGUUAAAUUCUAUGGCACAAUUAGACAUGACGGAUCUGAAUAUAUUAUAUAUGAACCAACGUUCGAGGAAUUGAUGAGCUUGUAUCAAACAACAACUCAUCAAGCCAACCUCAGCGAUAUUCCUCCUCCUUCUCGACGUCGUGCUCAGCUGAUGAAACCAUUGUCCGUGGACGCCAGAGAAAAUGCAAGGUCCAAGAUAAUGGAAUACCUGAAUACAAGCACAACUUUCAGGAUAUUUCGACGUGACAUCGAGCCCCAAAACUAUAAGUUUGGCGUCAACUUGACCACAAUCCUACACCAGAAUCAAACGGAAGUACUUCCCUCCCCCGUGGGUCACCGAUGCGCUGUAGUAGGUAACUCUGGUAUCCUUCUAUCAAGUCUGUGUGGACACGAGAUCGAUGAUUACGACUUUGUCUUCCGAUUGAACCUUGCCCCGGUUGACGGUGAAUUCACCAGAGAUGUGGGAGCCAAAGUCGAUCUCAUUACCUUGAAUAAGAUGGAGCUCGUUCAGCUUGCCAAACUCUCAACGGGUCUAAAGACUCAGAAAGAAGGCUGGAUGUAUAUCGAUAGACUUAAUUUCAUCACCAAUAAGAGUAUCAUAUGGUAUCCAAAGGGGUUUCCAGAUAAACUGAGUAAAAUAGCUGUUUCCUUCAGAGAUACCCUAUAUCUUCAACCGACUUGGGCGUAUAGCCCUAAAUCUCUCAUGUACCUGGCAUCAAGAGUAUGGAAAAACCCAGUGUCUUCGACUGGUUUAUCUGUGAUGACUGCAGCUCUACUACACUGUGAUGAAGUCACCAUGUAUGGAUUCUAUCCUUUCCCAAAAGAUACCCGAGGACGACCCUUAAGGUACCAUUAUUAUGAGCCCAAUACAGGCUCAUUUUACUCAAAGGGGAACAGUACUAUUGGCGUUCACAGGAUGCCCAAGAAAUUCGCGCUUUUACAACAGCUAGCCAUAGAUGGCGUGCUCCGAUUAGUCACAGAGCGAUGUUAUGAGGAAACUUGACAGUGCCUAGAUGGAGUAGAAUGGGUAUCGAUUCAACACAGUUUCUAAAUAAAACUGGUGCAUGUGCGGUGGGGCAGGUCCCUUUGAACAAUUUUUGAAGUGGAUGUAUACUGUGUGAGAGCAGGCAACUUAGAUAUAGAUAUGAUAUUUCGUGGAAUAUUUUUCUGAGAAAUAAAGGAAAUACAGGUUAUCCCUUACAAAAUGAUAAUAAUUAUGACAGGCAUUGUUUUUUGUCCUAUAUACAUGACACACCCUAGCCCCUCCCCAAACCACAAUCACCUCUUUAAUUUCUCUCCCAAAAUAAGGAUGUAGUAAAUUUUUGAGCUAAUGUUUUCAUGUUUGCCAAUGAAGGCUGAAAGCAAAACAGAAUUCGUUUAAUUGGAUGAUUAUGUCUCAUUUUUAUUGACAUUUUUUAAUUUGUCUUUUUGUUUUUGUUACUGUGUGUUUCUUUUAAUCAUUAACAAGCGUGAGUAUAAGACACAGAAGACAGAGAGACUGUAUCGAGAUACAAUAUCAUGCACUGAUGUGCAUGCGUGAUGAAAGGCAAUAUUAUUGGAAAGUGCAUUUUUCGCAGUUGCCCUUUUUAGUUUCAAAAUCAGUUCCAUGUUUAUAAAACUGUUUAAAAAACGUAUGAUUUACUAUUGGUUAAAAUUCUGAUUUUGAGUCAUUGUAAUACAUAAUGCAGCCACAUUUCUGCUUUUAAACUGUCUUUCUUUAGUCCAAAUUCUUAAAAUGUGUUUUUGUUACCACCACUAGUAGUAGUAGUAGUCGUGGUAGCAUAGGCGGCGGAAGCGGGGGAACGGGGGUCCUGCCCCCCUAAAAUUUUGGUUGAUAACCUUUUUUUUUUUUUUUUUGCUAGUCAAUUUUUUACCUGUGUCCAACCCAAAAUUUUAGGUGGACUCCCCCUAAUUUUUUGUUUGCUUCCGCCGCCAAUGGGUGGUAGUGGUAACGGUAGUGGGUGCGGUUGUGGGGGUCUUUCUAUAUUACCGACAUCAUCAUUGUUAUCUUCUUCUUCUUCGUCUUCUUCUUAUCCCCUCCUUUUUCAUUCUCCUUUUUUAUAACGCCUUUUUGCUUUUCUCUUUCAUGAUCUCCACAAUCCAUUGCGAAGAAAUCGGUGAACACGUCUCACUGGGAAAUGAAGACCAGCACGGGAUGAGCGUGUCUUUGCCUUUUUCUUACAAACUUUUGUAACUGUUUCCUUGGAAGUUGUUAAUUUUGUCAUUUCUAAUUUUUGUAUUUGUUUUAAAAUGUUUAAGCUUUUAUAACGAUUAGAUGUCUGGCAUCUUUUUGUUGUUUUUACGAACCUUUUGGAAUAUUAUUUUUCGCAUGUUAAAGUGUAUUGCCUUUUUACUGUUUGUAUAAACUGUUUUGUUUAAACUACCCAGUUGUAAAACAGAUAAAUAUGAAGAAAUUCGUGGAGUAGAAAGGCAUCAGAUAAAAGAAAACUGGGGGUAGACAACAAGGAGAGGGGAAGGGCCAGUAAGUGAGGGUAUUUUUUUUAAACCAAUAACUAUAAUACAAAUGAGUCAAAAUCAUCCUGAUUGACAUUUUCACGGUAUAAUUUUAUUACAAUGUACAUAAUAUACAAAUACGAAUUAUGACAAAAUAUGAAAUUAAAUACAUGUAUAGCUGCAAUUAUCACAAACAUCAAGCAAAGGGUAUAAAUCGAUUUGAUCUCUCUUGAACAAAACAUUUCCCGAGAGAGAUUCUUGAUUCAAAUUAUCGAAAAUUCAUUCAAACAUGAAAGUCGCAUUGAGCAUGUGGAUCAAUCCUAUUGUUUGAAAGUAUUUGAUCAGGAAUGACAACGUCCAACUUUCUAGUAGUGCAAAAAAAAUCAACGUCUCUGAUGUUUUGAUUCGUAUAAAUAUAGGCGUAGCUUGUUUUAACAUACUCAACAAUAUUAUUAUAUACAACUAUUCAAUGCAAAUCACAACUAAUCACCUAGCACAAUUCAGCUCACUUACAAUAACUCUACGGCAAGCAUGAUCACAAAAUAAUACUUAAUAACUCAGUCUUUCUAAAAGAUAUGGGAUAUAAUACUGGUGUAAAUAUCAUUGUUCGAAAGGAGAAAAAUCACCAGUAUCAAAAGGCACUUAGGUCGAGCAAACAAAGAAUAAAAUUAUGUAUCUAUUGAAUUGUUUUCGACUUUGAUUAAAAUACGCAUCUAUACCAAGCUGCGAAUUCAUUAUUGAAAUGGUUUGUACAAGAUGAUGACUUCGCUUAGGUCAUAUUAUUAGCAUUAACCCCAUUCCCUGUAUUUAAGUAUUGACAUCAAAAGCAGUUUCAGACACCAUCAUCAACGGCGAUGGGUUAUGUUAUCAAUCACCUUUGGCAAUACAUUGCAUAUCUGAAUGCUCCUUUAUGACGAGUAGGUUGUGACUGAUUGCCACUGACGAUCUACUGCCAUACGUGAUAAAGUUCCCGCUAUGGGUAAGACGUCUCGAUAAUGACAUGUUACUGAUCACCACCCGUUGGUGAUAGCGUCUGAAAUCGUCUUUAAUGGCAAAACUUAAAUUUUCUUUGCAUUCAAAACCAUGGAAUAAAACAAAGUAUAGUUUGGUUUGUAGAACAGCCAUAGCAAAAUAAAUUAGUGAACUAGUUUCAUGGUAAUAACAGCAUGUAUUGCAGUAAUGGUUAGUUUACCAAUCCUAGCUAAAUAUGAAUAAGAAAUACAAAUAUUGAUACGAAAAACAUUAGGUACAAAGAAUGAAACUAAUGAAAAUAAUACAACUAUGCUACAAAAGAUAACAUUGGUCAACAAUUCAAAUGAAUAGCAAAACAAAGCUCCGAGGAGAAAAGAUAAAAAUGCACAACUAAAAUAUUGUCCAGAUUUGAGACUUUUCAAAUUCGAACAUGAAGGGGCCUAUACUCACUCUAACCAAAGUGUGUAACAGAUUUACCCCCAUCUACGACUACGGAUGGCCACUGCUUCACCAGAUUUUUUCUCCAUUUUAGAGGUUCAAGCACACAAGAAUUGGUAAAAUAAUAUUGAAGAUGAACUAAAAAUGAAUUAACUCCGACAAUAGAUAGAGACGAUGAAGUAUAAGAUUUUACUCAGUAAAUGCAUUCGAACUUAAUGAGAUACAAAGUUUUUUUUUUCUUUCUUUCUUUUGGAAAGGAUAUCAAUGAUGCACAAUAAAUCGUGUGCUGUCUGAGAAUAUGUAAAUAUAAAUUCAAAUGUUGUCGGACGUGCAUUUUAAUCAUUAUUCGUCCUUUGACUCGUUUUCUAAUCAUUUGAUAAUUGUGACCAUUUUUAAGAUUGUCAGGUGCAAUUCAUUUUGAAUUGGCUUCCCAGUCACCAAGGAAACAAUUCUACAACAAAGAAAGAAAAAUAUUAGACUCUCAGAUUUUUAACCAACCCCAAAUUGGUUAAAAAAAGAACUGACCAA